AACAUACUCAAGUUCGUGGUUUAAGUACUCAAUCAUCUGCAAGGCGGUUUUGUAUUCUAGUACGCCCGCUCUGAAGGAAGAGAAUUUAGAUGAUGAAAGUUACAUUACAACACAUUCCUAGAGUGCAUCGUCUAUCAAACCACUCCUAUCUGAUGGACUUAGUACCUUGAAGAAAAAAAAAACAUGGAAGUCAGUUGAACCAGAGUCUCACGAUAUAUCAAAGAGGCAUAUAGCGGAAGAAAAGGUGUGUAAGAAAGCGAGAGAUGAUUGGGUGGCGCCAUGGAAAGAUGCAGCAACAUCUGUUAAAGAUCGCGACCAAUGGAGAACUUUUUCGAAAAGCCACUGAUUACAUUUGGGAGACGAAGAGUUAUUGAUGUGUUUGAACAUGCACAUGCGCAGUUCUUUGGUCCCAGAAACCUCCUCGGGAUUCUGUGAAGUCAAGGAUGAACCGGAAAUGAGAAGUGUGCCGGCCACCUGUGCCAACCUGCUGCUUUUUUUAAUUCACAGAAUCCAUCUCUUUAAGGAGUUCUUGGUAUUUUUUUACUCUCUUUCCCACAUCAUCGAACAAGAAACAGAACUUUCCAGAGGAUUUCAACGCUUCAUUACCAAAUAUUAAUGUGAAAACCUUAUAUUUUUAGACAUCCUUUGUUCGUGUUGCUCGCGCGCUUUUUGGCCCCUGUUCCUAUUGGCGGAUUCCGUAUUUACAUCACUAUGACUGCUUGGGGAUCGUUGUAAAUAUCUCAAAUUAGACACCUGAAAAAAUCGCAUGAUCUUAUUGGUAUACAAAACCAAAGACAGAUCUCGCAAAACCGCGAACAAGCGUGGAAAGGACAUAAACGAAAAGCAAAAGUUGUGAUUUUUUUUUGAUGAUGCGCGAACGAGGGGGAUAUAGAGUAGCUCCAGAAGAAGAUGGCAGCGAAUCUUUAUCUCCAAACUCGCAAUCACGCGUAAAGUAUCAGGAAAACCGGUUCUGUAAUGGGAAACUGUGCGCGAUCUUUUUAACUUUAUCCAUUGCUCUCGGUGCAGUUGUAUUGUUUAUUUUCUCCGCAUUCGUCCAUGCAUCCGACAGCGAAAUUGAAUUUUACCGUCGAGCCGUGAACUUUGUCACAGGAGAUCGAUUAGCCCGUUCAACAGAGACUGAGAAAGAUUUCCCGCACAAACACAUCCUGUUGCCGAAGGAUAUAACACCGGAAAGAUAUCAAGUCUACCUUCAUCCAAAUUUAUCAAGCUUCGAUUUUCACGGAGGGGUAAAAAUCGAUGUGGUUUGCGAGAAACCGACGAGAAAUAUUCUCCUUCAUGUCAAGCGCCUGAAGAUAACAAGCUAUGGUGUUCAGGACUCGGGUCACAACCACCUUCCUGUUUUACGAGUGGCAGAAAGCAAGAAGUUUGAACAAUAUCUGGUUGAGAUGAAAGAUGAGCUCAAGGCAGGCGAAAAAUACACCGUGAACCUUCAAUUUAAUGGGCAUUUGUCGAACACAAUGACAGGAUUUUACAAGAGUUCGUACAAGACCAAGAGCGGAGAAGUCAGGCACAUGGCAACAACUCAAUUUGAAGCCACGGACGCUCGAGCCGCCUUCCCUUGUUUUGACGAGCCUGAGUUCAAAUCACAGUUCAUCGUCACCCUGGUGCACGAGAAGGGAUACUCAGCCCUUUCAAACAUGCCUGUGGAAAAGGUCAUCACGCGGGACGACGGCUUCAUGGAGAGCCACUUUAAGGAGAGUGUUAAGAUGAGCACUUAUUUACUGGCCUUCAUCGUCUGUGAUUUUGCUUACAAGGAAACGCGCACUAAAGCUGGGAAGAAGAUUCGAGUUUGGUCCAGAAAGGAUGCCAUCGAGAGCACGAGAUUGGCCGUCAGUGUUGCAGAAAAUGUUCUGAAUUAUUAUGAGGAUUUCUUCAAUAUACCGUACCCACUGCCUAAGAUGGACCUAGUCGCUGUGCCUGAUUUCGCGGCUGGAGCCAUGGAAAACUGGGGAAUACUUACUUUCCGCGAAACUUACCUGCUGAGUGACCCGGCUUCUGCCAGCGCCGCUGACAAACAGGAUGUAGCAAUAGUGGUGGCUCACGAGCUUGCGCACCAAUGGUUUGGUAACCUAGUCACUAUGAGGUGGUGGAAUGACUUGUGGCUCAAUGAAGGCUUUGCUAACUAUGUGGAAUACAUCGGAACAGAUCACUUCCGAAAGGAUUGGAAAGUGCUGGAACAGUUUGUUGCUCACACACUACAGACGGCACUGUCCGCUGACAGCAUGGCCAACACCCACCCCAUAUCUGUACCGGUCAAGAAUCCCUCUCAGAUCACGGAGAUCUUUGACAGCAUCUCUUAUGACAAAGGUUCAUCCAUAAUCCGUAUGCUGAGGAGUUUUAUCGGAGACAGGAAAUUCCAAAGCGGACUGGAGCUGUACCUAAAUCGUCACAAGUAUGCGAACGCAGCCGCUGAUGACCUAUGGAGCGCAUUAAGUGAGGUCUGCAAAGAUCUCGAUGUAAAAGCUAUCAUGGACACAUGGAUCAAACAGAAAGGGUACCCUGUGGUCUACAUCGCGGAGAAUAGCGCUCAAGCGAGAGAUGGCUCCAAAAAGUUGUUUGCAACUCAGAAACGAUUUUUAAGAGAUAUUAGACAAGGAUCAAAACAAUACGAUGACGAAUCUAAAGGUUAUCGAUGGUACGUGCCUCUAACAUAUGUGACGUCACGAAACCCUCACAAGCAACACACAGUGUGGAUGAAAAAGGAGAACGUUCACGUUCCUUCUGUCAAGAAAUACAAAUGGAUAAAGGCAAACGUUGGACAGACAGGUUUUUAUCGUGUAAACUACAGCAAAAAGAACUGGAACAACCUUGUCAAACAGCUUCAGAGCAAUCACAAGGUUUUGGCCGCUGUGGAUAGGAGUGGAUUGAUUGAUGAUGCUUUCAACUUGGCCAGGGCUGGCCAACUGGACAUGUCCACUGCUUUGGGUCUAACGAAUUACUUGGAUAAGGAAAGAGAAUAUGUCCCAUGGUCCUCUGCUCUCGGUCACUUGGGUUUCAUUGGGUCAAUGUUGACCAUGCGUCCUUCAUACGGAUUCUACCGGAAAUACAUUGUGAAGAAAGUGAAGCCACUCGAAAAGUACGUGGGAUGGGGAACUGAUGGCGAUAUCCUCAAGAUGUAUCUGCGGAGCAACGUGCUGUCAACAUUGGCCAGCCACGGUGAUGAGCAUGCAGUGGAUUACAGUUUGACUGGAUUCAGAAUGUGGAUGAAGAAUCAGAGCCUUACAAUCUCUCCUCAUCUACGGGACAUUGUAUACCACACCGCCAUUAAGUUCGGCGGAUUAGAGGAAUGGGAAUUUAUGUGGGAGAAAUACCAGAACUCCAUCGACGCCACUGAGAAAUCCAGGAUACUGUACGCUUUAACAGGCACCAAAGAACCUUGGCUGUUAAACAGGAUCCUGGAAUCUUCACUUGACGAAACAAAGAUUAGAACACAGGACAUGUUGCACGCUAUAUCAGGGGUUGGAUCACAUGUAUAUGGACGCCUUCUGACUUGGGAUUUCAUCAGAAAGAACUUUGACAAGAUCGUGAAAAAGAUGGGAAAUGACGCAAUGGAAGUCAGUUAUUUGAUCAACAUCGCCAGUCGAGGGAUGAACACGGAGUUUCAACUUCAAGAGUUCAAAGAUUUUAUCAAUCAGCACAAGGAUAAAGUGGGAUCCCUGCGCGCGACAAAGAAAUCCUUGGAGUAUAUAGAGGGGUGUAUCAACUGGAUGAAAAAUUAUGGGAAGGAAGUCGAAGGCUGGCUCCAAUCUCAAGUGGAUUCCCUCAGUAGUAGGCUGGAAGAUCUUUGAAACAAAUGAAUGCUUUACAACAGUACCUUCCAGUGUUAUCUCGAUAAACCGUAACUGUUCAUGAGCUACUUUUUAGUUCAAACUUUCGAAUUAACUUUCCUGCAUGUUUUUAAUAUGUCGCAGUUAGUUUUCAUUAAUGUGGUGCAUUCUUCCGCCCCCCCCCCUCCCCCUUUAUUUCAAACGGAAACUUUUGUGCAAGUCUGGCAAAAGAGAAUGGAAACCACUCUAGUGAAGUUGACAUAUAGAAAUUAAUAUUUGAGAAAAGAAGGAAUUUCCUUUUGGAAGCGGUCUUUAUUUAUCGCCCAGAAGGGGGGGUGGGGUAGGGGUCAAGGAUUUUGGUUGUCCCGAUCAAAUUUACCUGAUCUCCCAUGAGGUUCUGUGUUAUUGUUAUGACCUCCCCCCAUCAUUGGCAGUCAAUUUUCGAUGUUCCCCCCUUUUGAAUUCUGUCAGAGACGACUGAUCCCCCUCUGUUCAUCCUGAAAACCAUGUAAUCCCCCCCCAAAAAAAUAGACCUCUAACCCUUCUCCCCCGGCGUUAGAUAAUGACUGUACCAUUCAUUUUCAUCUCCUCCACAUUUCCUCAUUGUGCUACUCUAGGUAAGUUAGCAGCUUGUUCAUGUCAACAUAUGCGGCAGCGCAGGAAGAGCACGGGGGGAUAUAUCACCCUUAAACAAUACGAAAAAAUACAUAGUAAUGUAACAAUGAUGUAUCAUACGGUUAAUAAAGUGGUAUAACACCCAGA